CUUUAGUUCGAUGGGUUUUUUCAAACUGGUCACUUUACGAGCAAAAGCAAUUUUACGAAGAUUCCAUUAAAUUUUCACUUGUGAAUAAAUCGCGGAAAAACAGUUAAAAAGCAAAAGAACUUAACCAAAUAAAGUGGUACCUAUCAAAAGUGAAGUGCAAAAAGCAAAGUUAAAGUGUAAAAAGACAGAAUUUUACUGUGCGAAAGGCGAGCCAGCUAAAAGAUUGUUAAGGCGCUGGUGACUAUAUGUCCAGGCCGCGUUCAUCUGCCAAAGCCGUGCAUUUUAAGCACGAAUCGGAGGAGGAGGAGGACGACGAGGAGGAGUACCGACCAACCAGGACUAUGCAUUCGUUUGGAGACGCGGGAGCCAUUGGAAGCGGGGUGCCGGCCUUUUUGGCCAAGUUGUGGCGCCUGGUGGACGACGAGGACACAAAUCGCCUAAUCUGCUGGACCAAGGAUGGAAACAGUUUUGUCAUACAAAAUCAGGCGCAAUUUGCCAAGGAAUUAUUGCCUCUAAACUACAAGCACAACAACAUGGCCAGUUUUAUCAGGCAAUUAAAUAUGUAUGGUUUCCACAAGAUCACCUCGAUUGACAACGGUGGCCUGCGAUUCGACCGUGAUGAAAUUGAGUUUUCACAUCCGUUUUUCAAGCGCAACUCUCCGUACCUACUAGACCAAAUCAAAAGAAAGAUAUCAAACAACAAAAACGGGGACGACAAGAGUGCAAUAAAGCAGGAGGCCGUUUCGAAGAUUUUAAGCGAUGUGAAAGUGAUGCGCGGCCGCCAGGACAAUCUUGACUCACGAUUCUCGGCCAUGAAGCAGGAGAACGAGGUGCUCUGGCGCGAGAUCGCCAGCUUGCGUCAAAAGCACGCCAAACAGCAGCAGAUAGUCAACAAACUGAUCCAGUUCCUAAUCUCCAUUGUGCAACCGUCGCGCAAUAUGUCUGGCGUUAAGCGGCACAUGCAGCUGAUGAUCAACGACACGCCGGAGAACGAUCGUGCUCGCACCACCAGCGAGACGGAGAGCGAGGGCGGAGGCGGACCGGUCAUCCACGAGGUCAGCGAGGAGCUGCUUGAGGAGGUGAUGAAUCCCUCGCCGGCUGCAUACACCGCAGCAUCGCAAUACGACCAGGAGAGCGUCUCCCCGCUUGCCGUCGAACGCCCGCAAUCGAAUAUGAGCAUAAGUUCGCACAACGUCGACUAUUCGAAUCAGAGCGUCGAGGAUUUGCUUCUCCAAGGCAAUGGAACUGCUGGCGGUAAUCUUUUAGUCGGCGGCGUUGCCUCUCCGCUGGGCUCCAGUGUCAGUCGCUCGCCGGCCCAGCAAGUUGUCUAUACGGUUACCGAGGCUCCGGAUUCUCAUGCCCCUGAAGUGCCGAACAGUCCGCUGUACCACGAGGAGCAGAAUGUGCUCACCACACCCAUGGUGCGGGAGCAGGAACAGAAGCGUCAGCAACUCAAGGAGCAAAACAAGCAGCGACGUCGGGAAGAUGUUGUAAUCGAUGGUGAGGGGAUUCUGGAUGAAGAAAUCUCACCGAAGGCGUUACGCACGCGUGCCCAGGUUAAUGCCCAAUCAAAUGCUCCGACUCAGCCCGUGAUGAUCAAGGCUGAGCCGGAUAACAACUCCGGGCUGAUGGAUCUAAUGAACCCAACAAACUCUGAUCUGUACAAUGUUAACUUCAUUAGCCAAGAUAUGCCGGCGGACAUUUUCGAAGACUCUUCUUUGCUCCCUGCUGGCGUUGAGGAGGCCGUCAAGCUGGAUCAGCAGCAGAAAUUCGGACAAUCGACAGUGAGCAGCGGCAAGUUUGCCAACAACUUUGAGGUGCCCACCAACAAUUCUCUGCUGGAUGCCAAUCAGGCCUCGACAUCGAAGGCGGCAGCCAAGGCUCAAGCCAACGAGGAGGAGGGCAUGGCUGUAACCAAGUAUAUGGGUAGCGAGAACGGAACCCCUCGAGAUGCCAACAACCAGCUCCUGAGAAUGAAUUCUGUGUUAGUAGACAAGGACAAUUUAAAUCCAAUCCAGAUAAGUCAUCAAGCAAAUCCCUACUGUUGCAGUGACGAUCUCCACGGACACUUGGACAGCAUGCAAGAUGAGCUGGAAACACUGAAGGAUCUACUGCGUGGCGACGGCGUGGCCAUUGAUCAGAACAUGCUCAUGGGUGCGCCUGGCAGGACGCCAAUUUUUCAGCUCAACGAAGACGAGCUGCUACUUAAGCUCUUCAAUGACUCUGAUCUGCUGGACAACUAUGGCUUGUCUUUUCCCAAUGAUAGCAUGAGCAGUGAAAAGAAAGCGCCCAGUGGCUCGGAACUGAUUUCCUAUCAGCCCAUGUAUGAUCUGUCCGACAUUCUGGACACGGACAAUGGCAACAAGGAUCAGGAGGCAAGCAGACGCCAGCUGCAGACGCAGAAUUCGGUGUUAAAUACGCCACGUCACGACGUGUAACUUAUAUUAAGUAGUAGCAGCUCGGACGCAUAUCUGGCAAACAAAAAGUUUUCAGUGUUCAACUGAAUCAAUCUUAUACAUGUUAAUUUUCUUCACCCUCUCUGUCUAACCUUUUAGUUGAUUUAUAACCAUAAUCAUAUUAUUAAUCACCGUAAUCAUAUUAAUGAUGCUGUAUAUGCCUUAUGCACUAUAUAUAUGAUAUAUAGACUAACCAGUUCUUGUUGGAAAAAGACUCGAAGAAUCAGUUAAUAUUUAGAUGUAUUUUGUAUCCGGGGAUUUUGCGGGCCUCGGCUCAGGUAGAAGAUUUUUAGUUUGCACUAACCGAUCGAGAGAAUCACGAAAGCUGCUCAGAUCGUAGUCGACGUAAGAUCGCGCGCUAUAGAAUAUGCGUUUUACACAAUACUUUUAUUAAUCAAUAAUAAAUAAUUGUUUUAAGCUGCAUUGAGCUGCGAUUGAAA